AUGAAAAAUUUUUUGCCAGAACAAGUCAAUUAUCAGCUGCAUGACUCUGAUGUUCAAGAAUCACCUUAUUGCCAGUAUUCCACGGCCCAGUUUCCUCCAGCUUUACAGUCCCAAUAUUUACAAAGUCAUUUCAGCACUUACAGCUUGGAUCCGAAUUACAGUGGUGGACAGUGUGGCCUUCGUUCCUGUGAAUUAACUAAACCCACGUAUGUGAUUGCCCACCACAUGGAAGAUGGAUACCCUGGAAUAAAAAGCUUCAGACCAAUUUAUUCUCCUGAGAUAAUUAAGGGACAGGGAGAACUCUGCGUAGUUUGUGGCGACAAAGCAUCAGGAUAUCAUUAUAAUGCACUUACUUGUGAGGGUUGCAAAGGUUUUUUUCGACGCAGCAUUACCAAAAAUGCAGUAUAUAAUUGCAAGAAUGGAGGUCACUGUGAAAUGGACAUAUACAUGCGUAGAAAAUGCCAAGAGUGCAGACUGAAAAAAUGUAAAGCUGUGGGAAUGUUGGCGGAAUGUUUGCUAACAGAAACCCAAUGUAAAUCAAAGAGACUUCGAAAGAACCUUAAGCAGAAUAAUAGCUUUCACUCUAACAUCAACGUGGAAGAGGAAGGAGUCGACAACAAGCACGUGUCAUCCACAACUAGAGCUGGAAAAUCGAUUCAGGAGAGCGUGGCACUAACACAAGAGGAACAUCAGCUCAUUAAAAAUAUUGUGGUGGCGCAUCAAAAAUAUACAAUUCCUUUAGAGGCAGCAAGGACAUUUUUUCAGGAAUAUGCCAAUCCAGAACUGAGCUUUUCAGGACUCUCGGAGACAGCUGUGCUGCGGGUCCAGGGGCUAAUGGAUUUUACCAAGGGACUACCAGGAUUUGAAAGUUUGACCAAUGAAGAUCAGACUGCACUACAGAAGGGAUCAAAAACUGAAGUGAUGAUCCUUCAUGCGGCUCAACUGUACAAUCAGAAAGAAUGUUUGCCGUCAGUCUCAGAAAAUGCUUUGAGAUUAUCAAGUCAUUCAGGUGAUUCAUUGACUUGUCACUAUCAGAACGAUGCUGGAGGUGUUAUUUGUUCCAUGGAAACAUUGCACAAUGAAGACAAUCCUGCUACGGCUCUAUCUGGUAUUACUGAAGAUUUUAUUACUGCACUGUUGUACUUUUGCAGAAGAAUGAGUCAACUUAAUAUUACUAAUACUGAGUAUGCUCUGCUUGCAGCAACAACUGUGUAUUUUUCAGAUCAUCCAUGUCUUAAAAAUGAGCAACGUGUGGAAAGUUUACAAGAACCAGUUUUACAAAUUUUGUAUAAAUAUGCAAAAAUCUAUCAUCCAGAAGAUCUACAGCAUUUUGCUCAUCUAAUUGAGAGGCUCACUGAAUUGAGAACAUUGAAUCACAACCACUCAGAAAUAAUUAGCACUUGGAAAACAAAGGACCCUAAACUGACUAAUUUACUCUCUGAGAAUUGGGAUUCUAUUAACAUUUCUGACAUUUUAGAAUGUUGUGGUUUGUCUGAAGCUUCCUAAAUCUGUAUUACCUCGUCUAAAUAGCAUCACAAUGAUGACUGAUUUCACAGGAUGCAUUGGAAUAUUAUAUUACAAAUAUUUCACCAUAAAGUAGACUCCAAAACCCACUGCCUAUGAGUUGGUCCCAACUCAUAGUGACCCUAUAAGU